GUAUCUGUCAUGUUCUUGACAAUAGUUUCUCAUGCAGUGGCUUAUGAUUCGUUUGAUCCAAAUGGGAGGAUAAAUAUCAAAUGGGAUGUUCUGUCUUGGACUCCUGAUGGCUAUGUGGUGACAGUAACAAUAAUCAACAACCAAAUGUACCGGCACAUCACGAGCCCCGGAUGGACCUUAGGCUGGACAUGGGCUAAGAAGGAAGUGAUAUGGUCAAUGGUGGGAGCUCAAGCCACUGCUCAAGGAGACUGCUCCAAGUUCAAAGCAAAUAUUCCACACAGCUGCAAGAAAACUCCCACAGUUGUUGACUUGCUUCCUGGGGUUCCGAUGAACCAAAGAUUUUCAGAUUGCUGCAAAAGUGGUGUUAUGGCAUCAUGGGGACAGGACCCCUCAGCUGCAGUCUCAGCAUUUCAGCUGAGUGUUGGCCAUUCAGGUACUUCAAAUAAAACAGUAACACCACCAAAGAAUUUUUAUUUGCUUGGUCCUGGACCAGGCUACACUUGCAGUGCUGCAACCAUUGUACCACCCUCAGUUUCCUUCUCGCCUGAUGGCCGCCGUACGACUCAAGCAAUGAUGACAUGGACUUUGGACUGCACUUACUCGCAAUUGCUCGUCUCUGAAAAUCCAACAUGUUGCGUCUCUCUGUCAUCUUUCUACAACCCCAUGAUUACUCCUUGUCCAUCUUGUGCUUGCAGUUGUAAGGAUGUGAACAAUAAUUGCAUAAAUGACCCCAAGGACUCAAGGGUGCUGAAUAAAAAAGCCUUAGCUAAGGAUGAUGCAUCAAUGUUACAAUGCACAGAUCACAGGUGCCCGAUCCGAGUGCAUUGGCAUGUGAAGGCUAACUAUCGGGCAUAUUGGCGUGUGAAGAUUACCAUCACCAACUUCAACUACCUGAUGAAUUAUACACAAUGGACUCUUGUUGCUCAGCAUCCGAACUUCAAUAAACUAGCUAAUGUCUCUAGCUUUGUCUACAAGCCACUCAUUCACUACGGCUCAAUAAACGACACCGGCAUGUUUUACGGCAUACAAAAUCAUAGUGACCUACUAAUGGAAGCUGGGCCUGAGGGAUAUGUCCAGACGGAGUUGCUUCUUGGAAAGGACAUGAAAGCAUUUACAUUGGACCAAGGUUGGGCAUUUCCCUUCAAACUUUACUUUAAUGGCGAUGAGUGCAAGAUGCCCCUUCCUGAUAUAUAUCCAACCCUGCCCAACUCUGCUUAUGCAAAUCCUAUUUCCUCAUCUACACUGGCUACAACCCUUUUGCUUUCGGCGCUACUAGUCUUUUUGUGCUCGUGCCAUUAA